GCUAGUCGUUUCCUGAACAUUAAUGGCCCGAGCGGAACUAGUCCACCACUCCAGUCCGCACUGCUACCCAGGAGCAGUGGAGCAAUUUGGGCGAAGUCGUGCGCGAACGGCGGAGCAGGCGAUACCCAUAAUAUCUUUUCUUUUUUGGAUUAAUCGGAAAAAAGAGUCGUCCCUACUGCUUACCUUGAGUUCCUCCGAAGAAUCAAGCUUCGCACAAAUUAGGCUACCCGAAGCCCCGAUUUUUUUUUUUUUGCCACCGAUGGAGUUUGCUGGAGCGCAAGUGAGCGCGGCCACGGGGGCCAUGGAGUCCGUGGUCGGCAAGCUGGCUGCUCUGCUUCCCGAUGAGAACGAGGAUUCCAGCGGUGACCUCGAGUCCCUCAAGGCCGAGCUGGAGGCGGUGCACGCGCUCCUCAAGAACACGUCCGGGGCCGACGAUCCGGACGAGCGAGCCAGACGCUGGAUGAAGGAGGUGCGGGAGCUCUCCUACGACGUCGACGACGGCCUCGACGAUCUCAUGCUCCCAGCCGGCGACGGAUCUGGUAGCAGGCCAGACGGACUGGCAGGGAAGAUCAAGAUCUGGCUGAGGGAGACGACGGCUCUUCGUCGGACAGGCGAAGAGAUCGUUGCUGGUAUCAACAUAUCUAAGGCGAUCGUCGAGGUGGAGGAUCCCCGGGACUGCUAUCUGUACAGGGAGAUGCCCGAGCUCGUCGUGGGCGUCGACGGACCGUCCGCUGAACUCGUCAAAAUGCUGGGCAUGGGAGGAGGAGGGGAGGAUGCAUCAGUGCAGCAGCAGCAGCUGAAGGUUGUCUCUGUCGUCGGAUGUGGGGGGUUGGGCAAGACGACCCUCGCUCGUCAUGUUUACCGCACAUUUGGAGAGCAGUUCAGCUGCCGGUCUUUUGUAUCGCUCUCCCGAAAACCUGACGUGGUGGAGAUUUUGAGGAAUAUUAUUAGCCAAUUGGGGUAUGAUCAAACCAUACCAGGAGAUGUACAACCGCUCAUCGACUGCAUCUCUAGCUUCCUUCAGGAUAAAAGGUACUUCAUCAUAGUCGAUGAUGUGUGGGAUGUUCAAACAUGGGAUAUUAUCAAAUGUGCUUUUCCCAGAAGCACUCAUGGUAGCAGGAUACUAACAACAACACGUAUACAUGAAGUAGCCAAAUCAUGCUGCGCUUCAUAUGGGGGCCGUGUUUAUGAGUUAAGCCCUCUCAGUAUUGUGGAUUCAGAAAGGCUGUUACUAAAAAAAGUGUUCCAUUCUGACGAACAGUGUCCAUCACACCUGAAAAGAGUGUCUGAUAUGAUCUUGCAAAAAUGUGGAGGUUUGCCCUUGGCAAUUAUCGCUGUAUCUGAAUUGCUGGCUGCCAACACACAUGAACAUCAAUGGGAAAAAGCGCACAAUUCUAUCAGGCAUGGACUUGGAACCAAUCCUGCUGUUGAAAGAAUCAUGAGGAUAUUGUUGCUUGGCUACUCUGAUCUUACUCCUUGCCUAAAAUCUUGCCUAUUGUAUCUGAGUAUAUUCCCAGAAGGUUAUGCUAUCAAGAAGGAACAUUUGGUACUCAGAUGGAUUGCCGAGGGAUUCAUUCAUGAAGAACAUGGAUAUACUCUGUAUGAAUCCGGAGAAAGGUGCUUUAAUGAGCUCAUCAACAGGAACCUGAUCCAACCAGGGGAGAUUAAUGAGUUCGGUGAAGUGGAAACCUGUCGAGUUCAUGGUAUAAUUCUCGAUUUCAUCGUAUCUAUAUCCAAGAAAGUUGAUUUUGUUACUUCAUUAGGUGUACCUGGUCUAAAUCCUGAGCCAGAAAACAAGGUCCGUCGGUUGUCACUACAGGAGGGAAGUGAUAUUCCAAAAGAUCUUAUCUUAUGUAAUGUCCGCUCACUUACUGUUGUCGGGAACCGUGUCAAAAUGCCAUCUCUCUUGGACUUCAGACACUUGCAUAUUUUGGAUUUUGAAGGUUCUAGUGAACUAGAAGAUCAUCAUCUUGCAGAUAUAGGCAACCUGUUUCACCUUAAGUAUCUGAGGCUCAAGUAUUCAAGAAUUACCAAGCUUCCUGAACAAAUAUCAGAGUUACGGUACUUAGAAUCACUUGAUAUAUGUGGAAACAUUACAACCAUUGAAAUUCCAUCAGCCAUUAAUCAGCUUAAACGAUUAACUCGUCUAGUUGUUAGUGAUGACACUAUAUUGCCAGAUGAAAUUGGAGGCAUCAAAGCAUUGCAGGUGUUCGAAGGUAUUAAUGUCAACAUGCAGUCAACCAACUUUGUUAGGCAACUUGGUCAACUGUCCAACCUGAAGAAGUUGAGCAUAAGUUUUAUCAAUUAUUAUGCUGGUGAUAACUGGAAGGAGAACCAGGAAGAGAUGGUCUCCGCGAUAUGUAGGCUAGGCAAAGCAAACCUUCAUAUUCUACACAUUAAAAUCAACGAGGGAGCUGAUGAGAUCUUCGAGGAAUCAUGGUGCCCUGCUCCAGACAGUCUUCGGGAACUUUUCAUCGAGGUGGGUAUAGUAUCAAGAGUACCAAGGUGGAUUGGUUCACUUGUCAACCUCCAGAAAUUAGUCAUCCUUAUGUGGGAUGUUGGCCAGGAAGAUGUGCUGAUCCUGGGAGGCCUGCCUGUUCUGCAGCAUCUCUGCCUCACAGCACUGACAGUUGGAUCAAAAGAUGAACGGCUUAAAAUCGACCGAAUUCAUGGUUUCCCUUCCUUGAGUCAUUUCAAAAUAGGUGGAGAAGAAUGUGCACUAGGGCUGAAUUUUGAAGCUGGGUCCAUUCCAAAGCUACAAAAGCUUGAGCUUGAAUUCGAUGCAGAGGAAACCCUUUCGCUGACAAAUGGUAAUUUCAAUUUUGGCAUCGAACACCUCUCCUGCCUUACAAGCACAAGCGUCCGUUGUACUUAUGAUGAAUCCAUCCCUCCCACAUUGGAGGCUGCCAUGGAGAGAGCCAUUAAUGCUCAUCCCAAUCAUCCCAUGUUGGUAUGGAUAAAAUGAAUGGUACCCAUCAGUGAUAGAAACAUGUCUUGCCUUCAGAUACAACGAAACAACACAGUGGCAUGAAGAACAUGAUGGAUACACAUGGUUACAGUGUCAAUACCUCAAAACCAAGAGGAGAGCAAUAACCAAACUGAAGUUCUUGUUACACAACUGGUGGCAUUGAAUUUACCGAAAGCUUAAAAUGAAAGGUUACAGUCUUGUUUUCUUGAAAUGUUUCUAGACUUAUGUUUGAUUAUCGCGGUGUAUAUUACCGUUGAUGGUUAUUUUUUUGUAUUCCAUGCUUGGAUUGUUCAGUAAGAGGCCUGGUUAGCUCUUCUUAUUUAGUAAGGGGCCUGAUAAGCUGUGGUAGUUUUUGAGUAGGAGACAGUAGAACGUGCACUGAUUAUAGCGCUACAUUUGUACAGACAAAGGGUGUCACUACAAAAGACUCCAGUACAGAAUACAGAUUGCACGCUUUAUAACUAACUGUCAAUAUGAGUGACAGGGAAGCAUGCAGUCAUUUGCCAUUACAAAAAGCUUCAGAAUAAGGCACCGUUGUACUGUUAUAAAAAAAAAGCUUCGGCAUAAGUCACUUGCACACGGUGGAAGGAUAAGCUGGACCAUCUAGUUUAGGAGUUGUAAAUAAUACAUAUCAAUGGUAUUUUCAGCUGUAAUCGAUCUUCUUUCA